AUGGAAGGUCUGGACAAGCUGAAUAUUCCGAUGGGCCACGAAUAUAUCGAAAACGAGGCGUCUGAAGAGCUACCCACAAAGGGAAACUCGGGAGGUGUGAACGAGAAGUAUCGAUCGAUGCCAGACCAACUGAAUAGUGGCCGUUGUACCACUUGCGACUGCCAUCCGAUCGGCGCAUCAGGAAAAACUUGCAAUCAAGCAACAGGCCAAUGCCCUUGCAAGGAUGGGGUUACCGGAAUAACCUGCAAUCGAUGUGCGAGGGGAUACCAGCAGAGUCGGUCACAUAUCGCUCCUUGUAUCAAGGAGGUACCAGAAGCUCACGGCCAUAAAUUUGGGGACAUUUUGAGAUUUCCUGAAGAAAUACCGAUAGUCCAAAUGAUGGCGACCGAGGAGCACGACGACGGAACGGACAGAAGCGACCCCGAAGAGAAUUCUACGGGCGGCAAUCGGGGAUUAGAAGCACCGUAUGCGGUCUUAGUUUUUGCUCACGGCGAAAGUUUCGAGUGGGGCUCAGGGAACCCUUACGACGGCAGCGUUUUGGCUUCCUACGGUCACGUGAUCGUCGUAACCCUCAACUUCCGCCUAGGAAUACUGGGUUUUUUAAAAACUCGUGUCGGUGUCGACACGUCCGAUUCGUCCGGAGGUAAUCUCGGCAUCAAGGAUAUUGCGGCAGCGUUGAGGUGGAUAAAGGCGAAUAUCGCGUCUUUCGGCGGCGAUCAUAAGCGAGUGACGCUAAUUGGACACGACACGGGAGCUGCUUUGGCAAAUUUUUUGCUCGUCUCGCCGAAAUCCAAAGGACUCUUUCAACGUGUCGUCCUUUUGAGUGGUGCCGCUUUAAGUCCCUGGGCGACCAUACACAAUCCUGACAGUAUCCGCAUUAGCGUCGGCCAACAGACAGGCUGUCUGUCUUCGGCGGAGGGUGAAGACGAAGACAUCGCGCCCUGCUUACGAUCCAGGCCGGUCCAGGCGCUGCUAGACGUCAACAUCGAAAUUGUCAGAUUUAUGCCGAGAAUUGCGCCCUCGUUGCCGAUCGACUUGGAAACGCCCGAUCCUGAAUACUCGAUGGAGCACGCGAGUGAAAAUUUUAUAACUUGCGAAGUUCUGCUAGGUACAACAACUACCGAAAGUUAUAAUGACUUUAGUGCUACUGACAUUCAGUACGGUUUCGAGGAGGAGGAACGUAAUCGCGUGCUUAGGACUUAUAUUCGUAACGCUUACGUUUAUCAUUUAAACGAAAUCUUCUCGGCAGUUAGAAACGAAUAUACGGACUGGGAUAAGCCCAUUCAGCAUCCGAUUAAUAUUAGGGACUCCACUAUGGAAGCACUCAGUGAUGGCCACACCGUGUCCCCCUUAAUACGUGUAGGAUAUUUACAUGCCCGAAGAGGGGCGAAGACGUAUUUUUUUCAUUUCGGUUAUCAAACGAAAGAUAGUGAUUAUCCACAGAGGCUCGGUAGCGUAAGGGGCAAGGACCUGACCUACAUCUUAGGCAUGCCGUUAGUAGGCGGGAUGCCGUUUUUCCCACAGAACUUCAGCAGGCAAGACAUGGGCGUCGCCGAAGCGGUGCUAAACUUCUUCAGCAACUUCGCGAAGAGCGGCGAUCCGAACGGUCCCGGCGUUCACAAGGAUAUACCCGACUAUGGAACGCCUAGAGAAAAGACGCGCUACAGGGGACUUACGUGGGAGCCGUACGAAAUCGGUACCCAACUGUAUUUAAGCGUCGCGCUGAAACCCAAGAUGAAGAGUCACUAUCGAGGACACAAAAUGGCCGUCUGGUUAAAUCUCAUUCCCCAACUGCAUCAGCCCGGUGACGACGACGUCAGUAUGAGGCAUCAUCAUUUCCACGAGCGGGAACAAUAUUACUACGCAGGUACGGAACAGGCGCAUGGUGGUGGCGUGGGAAUGGCGUGGUACAGCUGCGGAGCGAACGUGGCGCGCUCAAUCCACAUAGAAGGGGAUCGGAUCGGAUACUCCAUUUUCGUCAUUCAGUAUUCAUUCGAAGUGACCUGUGCAGAGAAGUGA